AUGUCUUAAUCCAUAGUUAUUGUAUUACUGCCCAUCUUUAAACUCCAUACAAUAAGGAUGCUUUAGAAUUUAGAUAUUUCCUAGUCUACCCAUUUUUGUCUUUAAUUUUCAAUUUAAAAUGGGUAGAGGAAUAAGCAAAGUUAAUAAAUUCAUCUAUAAGCUUCUAUAUUAAAUAUCAAUCUAAACCAUUUCUAUUUUUUUCCUCCUGCAAAGUAUAGGUAAUCGUAACUAUUAAUAAUUAGAAUAGAAGAAUAGUAUUUCUAUUAGAUGAUUUCAAUGAUUCAUAUUUUUAAACAUGGUUUCUUUUUGCUAAUUUAUCUAUGGAGUGAUAAUAAAGUCCUCCUCAUCUUCUAUUUCUAAGUUCUUCAAGUUAAAUUUCCUUUACUUUUCUUUUAAGUUCCUAUCUUAAUUUUCCCACUUUAUUUUGUUUAAAUUCAUUCAAUUUCAACAAUUCCUUCUCUCUCUUGCUUUUUUUAAUUAAUCUUAAAGUUUGUCUAAAAUUAUACUUUUUCUGCUAAUUUCUGUCAACUUUACUCUCAUAUGGUUUUGAGUUUUUUUCUUUGGGUUCUUGAAGAAUGGAAAUGA